UCAGGCUCGUGCGCGGAUUCGGCAAAAAAAUUAACCGGCCGCGGGGUCGCCCCCAGCCAAGCCGACAUCAAAGUGGUGACAAUGCCCGCCCGGGAAAGGCCAGGCCUGCACUCUCGCCCGGCUCUUCGAGCGCACUGGGCCCCGCGGUGUCCGGGUAUAUUGAGGGGGCGCGAGC